CUGGGCUGGAGGCUGUUCGCUCUUUGAUCCUCCUGCCGCCGGGGUCAGGAGCGGGCCUGGGGGACCCGGCCAGCUCCGGCGAAGGGUCUGUUUGGCUAAGCCAUUACUAUUGCUAUCCUAAUGAUAGUAAUUUGGCUCAAAGAAAAAUGCUUUGGAAGCAAAAUUGUUGCAUAAUUUCUUCCAAGGCUGCUGGCCAACUAUGGUUCUACAAGCCUUCCAAAGAGUGAAACUUGGGAAGAUGCUCUCCAUUCUAAGAUGUACAUUAUCCUUGGAAGCAGUCACAUAAAAUUCUAGCUUUAGUAUUGGACCUCUCCUUUUCCUGCCACCCCCCGUUUCCAAAUUGCAAACUUGACUGGACCACUGGACACUUGAGAACUCAGGAGACCCUAGGAGUACAUGUGUAGCUGUGCUGGUUGCCAGCCUCUCACCAUGGAGGGGCUGCCUGCUCCAUGAUGACAGCCAGGGCACUGUGACUUGCCCACUCCCUUGAGUGCUUCCUUCAAUCUGCCUCAGUUCUCCAUCCCGGCAGCCCGCCAGUUCCCCCUCCCCAAGGUCCCCCACACCCACUAACAUCUCAGAGCUUGUCCUGACCCCCACCCAGACAGGUGCAGCUGAGACUUACAUGCAUGUUGCACUCCACAUGGGUGGGGGGGCAGCCCCCCAUAUUGGGCCAUCCAUGGCCUGGGUGGAGCCACAACACUGUAACAGCUCCUGGGUGUAGGGUGGGAGGAUCCCACCGCCAUGGGCCCAACCCUUGCACAGCCUGCACCAGCCACUCUGUAGCAUGGCACCCAUAAGUCCUCCCCACAAGUCCCCCCACCCAUCAGUCCUCCUCACAAGCUCCGCCCACCAAACCUCUGCCACACUUUUAUUGAACAACCGUCCAUCCCUCUCUUCCCUCACCGAGGUGCUGUGGGAGCGCUGGGCAAUACCAUUGGUAGGGGAAGAGGGGCAGAGAUGCAUUGCUCUGUUUCAGUCCUUGCGGAGCUUCCACCCUUCUGGCUGUCAUGAACAAUCCAGGGGCUAUGGGAGGUCAUUGCCGUCUGAGUUCCCCUCUCCUUUACCUAGUCACCCCUUCCUCUGGUGAGGUUUGGUAUCGUCCAGGCAGCUGUGCUGAGUAGGAAGGGGGUAUGGAUGAGUUGGAGUUUGAAGCCCCCACCCCCGACUCUGUUUCUGGUUUGAUCAAAUCCCAGCCGCUGCCAUCGAGAGACAUGGGAGCCACCAUGCAGGUAACGUCUGUUUGUAAAAGUCCAAGUGCUACAGUUAGUGCCUGCUUAUCAGAUAGUGCUGCUUUAAAUGUUGGAAAUAAUACACCUAACUUCACUGGCAUUCAAAGUGGAACUUCUGAGAUAAUCUACAAUGAAGACACUAACUUGGAAAAUUUAUCUAGUAGUCUUGGAAAGCUUCCACUGGCAUGGGAAAUUGACAAAUCAGAGUUCAAUGGAGUGACCCCAAAUCUGAAAAACAGAGCAGGAAACAUGAAGAAACAAGUAACAAAGAAAAAAUCUUUGGACAAAAAAAGCAAACAAUACAGGGAAUGUUCUCAACAUUACACUGUUGAAGAAACAAAGCAGCGGAAAGUGCUCGACCUCAGGAGAUGGUAUUGUAUUAGUCGACCACAAUAUAAGACUUCCUGUGGAAUUUCCUCGCUAGUGUCUUGCUGGAAUUACUUAUAUAGCAUACUGGGGGCUGGAAACCUGCCACCUAUUACUCAAGAAGAAGCCUUGCAUAUUUUGGGCUUUCAACCCCCAUUUGAGGAAAUUAGGUUUGGUCCCUUUACAGGAAAUACAACUUUAAUGAGGUGGUUUAGACAGAUUAAUGAUCAUUUCCAUGUAAAAGGCUGUUCAUAUGUUCUAUAUAAACCUCAUGGGAAGAACAAGACAGCUGGAGAAACUGCUGCAGGGGCCUUGGUAAAGUUAACACAAGGACUGAAAGAUGAGUCGAUGGCCUAUAUCUAUCAUUGCCAAAAUCAUUAUUUUUGUCCAAUUGGAUUUGAAGCUACCCCUGUAAAAGCUUGUAAAGCAUACAGAGGUCACCUCUUGCAACAAGAAGUGGAAUAUUGGAUCUUAAUUGGAGAACCAAGUAGAAAACACCCUACCAUUCACUGUAAAAAGUGGGUAGAUAUUGUUACUGACCUGAACACUCAAAAUCCAGAAUACUUGGAUAUUCGACACCUGGAGAGGGGUCUGCAGUAUAGAAAAACAAAGAAGGUAGGAGGAAACCUGCAUUGUAUCAUUGCUUUUCAGAGACUUAACUGGCAAAGGUUUGAUCCUUGGAACUUCCCAUUUGGAAACAUUAGACAAGAUAUGCAACCACAAGCACAGGGAAUUGCCAAAUCUGAAAGCGAAGACAAUAUCACCAAGAAACAGCAUGGACAUCUGGGUAGAUCUUUCAGUGCGGGUUUCCAUCAAGAGUCCAUGUGGAAGAAGAUGUAUAAUCUUCAUGAGAGGAGGAACAGUGGAUAUCAGAGUUACACUGAUUAUGAUGGGAAUGAUAGAAAUUAACUUUAGUACAGCACAGCUGAUGUACUAAAGUUUUGCUAAGACAUAGUAGGUGUUUAUUAAGCCUAGAGUACAUGUGAAUAGAAAUGGUAUAAAAUGCAAUCUCAUAGUUAUUUAAAUACUGUAUGGUUGUGUUGGGUAACAUCAGACUUGUAAACUAACAAAUAAGCACAGAUUAUUGUACUUUGUAAUCACAGUAAAUGUAAUAAGCAAACUGUUACUUCAAAUAAUUGAACUGCAUUUGGGAUCGUGAAAACAAAAGAACAAAUUGUGGUUAAAGCCAUUUAUGUAAACAAACAGCACUGAAAAGUAUUCAAAGCAUGAAACUUUAUAUCUUAUGACUUUCCAAAGUGAUUGAUUAUUCUGCAUACUAUAUAAAGAUAAAAAUGUAGACAUUUCCUUCCUUUUUAACAUUUUAUUUUUAUUUCAAAUUCAGUAAGGCUGCCAUUGUCAAUUAGAAAUAUUGUAAUACAAAAAACUUGUUAAACUUAACUGAGUGGGUGGUCCCAGUCUAAUUCCUAGUGGACUAGUGUCCAUAUCCCUUAAAAUAAUAAUAUUUUGCCAACUGGUACCAAUUAGUGCUAUUGUAUCUGAAAAGCCUGAGAUUGAUUGUACAGGGAAAAUGACAUUACUCUGGAUCAGGCUUGAGGCACAACAGUAGGGUAGGCUUGUGCUGUUACACCUCUUCUGCCUGUUAUGUAGAUAAAGUAGUUGACUUCUAACUACAGCAUUUUUGUGAGCAUUGAAUUCACUUCAUUUUCCACAGGCUUCUUAAAUAAAAAUGAAGUUGAAUUUGCUGAUAACCAGGCUGAACACACUUUGGCCUGUUGGCUGUUCUUUUCCUUCAUUGUCUCUCCCAAUUUCUUAGUGUUUUUACUUGUUAAUUUUUCUAUGAGGGGUGACACUAUUAAGUACCAAAAAUGCUAGCAGUCCUAACAGUAUAUCUGUCAGCAAACAAUUUAUAUUUUUUCAGGUUUCCAUGUAAAGCACUUAUAUUUGGACUAAUAUAAUUUUCUUUGCCCAAAAACAUUUUAGUAGUUAUAACAUUCUAUAUACAAAUGAUGAUGUGCCCAAGGAUUAAUUUUGUUGACAUGAACUCUUGUCAUGGAAUGCAGGGUUUUUUGUGGUUUGAUGCUUUUGUUAACCAAAAAACGGGAGACUUUUAGACAAUUUUCUUCAUCCAAUAAAAUUUGUUUUCUACUUUU